AUGCGUCAGGUUGGUCGGAGGUGUCCCCGGGACUUUCACACCAGCCUCUCGUCUCUGGCGGGGGCCACAGAACACGAGUGGGUCUCUCUGGGAAGCAAACCUCUUGGCUGCAGACUCGGGCGGAAACCGCCGCGUCUGGUUCCCUGGGUCCAGCCGCCAAUGCGGCUGCCGACCAGCAGAGGGCAGCUGCGGGAAGCCGUCCAAGGACAGCCUCCGCCCGCAUUAGAGCUAAUUAAGCCGCGAGAGGCAAGUGCAUUUCUGCCUGAUGAAAGCACACAGAUCUACUCCUGCGCUGAGCAGAGCAGGAAUAUCAGCGGGAGGGACGUUUGCCGGCUUCCAAGAAGCCAGCUAGAUGGUGCCAUGCUGGCUGCCUGCGACGGAACACUGGCUCUUGGGAACCAGACGUGGGGGCUUCCCUCAAGCCCCUCCUCUCUCGGACAGGACAAGAAGAAUCUGGCCCAGGGCUAG